AUGAUCCGCGACCUUCUCCCCGCGAUCCUCGCGGACGUCGAGCGCGACGAGCGCGUCGUCGCGGACGUCGAGCACCCCGCGGAGGACGCGCACCGCGACGCGGAGCGAGGACGUCCGACCGCGACCGCGACCGCGGCGGCGCGGGGCCGCGCGUCCUCCGGCGCGGUCGCGCGCGAGAUCGAGACGACGCCGACGCGCGCGCGGCGUCGCGCGCGAUCGGCGCCGUCGUGCCUCUGCGCGGCCGCCGACGCCGCGUCCGACGACGACGACGCCGCCGCCGACGACGACGACGGCGACCGCGCGACGCGUUUCCUCGCGGAAGCGUCCGAGGCGUCGCGCGACGUCGCGCGGCUCCGCGACGCCCUCCGCGCCCUCCGCGCGACGCACGAGGAGUCCCAGUGCGUCGCGUCGAGAGCGCGCAUGGACGAGCUGAGGGAGCGGCUCGCGUCGAGCGUCGUCGCGAGCUCGGAGGCGGCGGCGGCGACGAAAGCGCGCGUGGAACGCGUCGCGCGCGGCGGCGACGCGUUCCGCGACGUCGUCGUCGUCGCGGCGGCCGGAAGGAGUAACGGCGAUCCGUUGAGCGUUUUAAGCGACAUCGACCGCCGCCGCGUCGAGACCGUGUCGCGCGGGCUGCGUAAGUCGUUCGCGUCCGCGCUUAACGAGUACAACGCGUUGCGCGUCGAGAUCGCGAGAGAGCGCGGCAGAACGAUUCGCGACCGCGUGUACGCCGUCACCGGCGCGGAGAUGAGGUGUGUUCUAUACACUGGUCCCCAUACGACCGCGUUGGCGUGGUGGACGCCGAUCCUUAAGGACUUUGCCCGGCGGAUCUCUCCGCCCAGGGUCCCUCGCUCACAAUCCCCGCCCGCGGCGCCUUUCAACGCCAACUGA